GCAGAACUACUCUGACAAUCGAACCAUCAAUAGACAAGCUCCAGCUAAGAAACUACAGCGGUGAAAGAAUGGCACAGGACUGGAAGAGCGCUGAUCUGGAAAUUGGGCAGCCGGGAGUUGAAGCCAUGGAGGAGCAGACGAAGAUGGGUGCCUCACGGCCCUCAGGGGGCUGGAAGAUUGGUUUGGCUCUACUGGCCAUAGGACUGUGUGCUGCUUCUGCUAUCUUCUUCACAAUCCACAACCAGAAAUGGGACAUCACUGAUAGAAGCAAAGCUCUGAAACACACUUUGAGACAAGUCCCAAAAAUAAACACAGGAAAACACCAAAUGGCCAUCCAUCUGGAAGGAGAGUACAAUCAUUCUCUGAAAAAUACUGUGGAAUGGAAAGACAGUGACUCGGUUUUUCACAAGGAGGGGCUGAAACUGGUCAACAACGAGAUUGUCAUCCCCAAGAAGGGCCUGUACUUCAUCUACAGCCAGGUGUCCUUCAACAUCAAAUGCCACACCCAAUCACAGAAGCUGGCCCAAAUGGUCCACCUGAGCCACAGGAUCAAGUGCAAGUCGCCGGCUCACGGGACAGAGAGGUGGCUGCUGAAUACUCUGCACUCAAGUUGCGAGCGCAUACCGGCCCAGGAGGACAAUGGGGAGCGCUGGUAUGACGCCAUUAAUGUGGGAGCUGCUUUCUUCCUGGAGGAGGGCGAUCAGUUGAGCACCCACACAGGGCCAGACAGAGAACUACGCCAUGUGAAGAGUGACACUGGGAACACCUACUUUGGAGUGUUUGCUCUCUGAGGCACAUGUGUGUGAGUGUGAGUAUGUCUGUGCUUUAUUGUCCCAAUUAUGGACCAUCUACGUAUAUACGCAUAUAUACCAUAUACGUAUACAUUACGUACCGUAUGUAUAUCAUCUACAAUUUAAUUUAUUUCACAUCUCAAUUCACUGUAUCAGUGCAGCAUUUACUGAGAUAGGACAUGGAACCGAAACAUGAAUGAACCGAAACAAGUAUGCUGUUUUUUAUUACAUAAAAAAGGUACACUGGAGAGCUCAUUUUGAAAGGGAUAAUGUAUAGAACGCCGGUCAUUAUUGGGAAAAUAUGUCCCGACAGGGCAAACCGGACCCUGACGUCGCAGCAGAGGGGUCUUGCUUCACCCUGAAGGGACUUAUUUUCCCAAUAAUGACCGGCGUUCUAUACAUUAUCCCGCUUAUUAUACAGCUACUUGCCAAAACGAAAAAAUAAACUCCACGAUAUCGGAAGACCGU